UCAACACAACCCUUCCACGCAGUGUUUCUUCGUGACGAACAUAUGUCGGAGCUCCGGUAGUCGUUUCCACAUUUCUUUAACAUAAAACUUGUCAAAGCCAAAAUGGCAUUGCGUAAAGUUAAAGGCAAUUUAGAACGCAUGUUCGAUAAAAACUUGACUGAUUUAGUGAGAGGAAUACGAAACAACAAAGACAAUGAGGGCAAAUACAUUGCUCAGUGUAUGGAUGAAAUUAAGGCAGAGCUCCGACAAGAGAACUUUGCUGUCAAAGCAAACGCUGUGGCUAAGCUUACCUAUCUGCAAAUGCUUGGCUAUGACAUCAGUUGGGCUGGCUUCAACAUUGUUGAGGUGAUGAGUUCUUCCAAGUUUACUUACAAGAGAAUAGGAUACUUGGCUGCUUCCCAGUGCUUCCAUCAAGACACAGAGGUCGUCAUGCUCACAACAAACAUGAUCCGCAAAGACCUUAAUGGCCAGAACAUGUAUGAUGCGGGGACAGCUCUCACUGGCCUCGCCUGCUUCAUCAGUGCUGAUCUUGCCAGGGACUUGGCUAAUGAUGUCAUGACUUUGCUGAGCUCGACCAAGCCAUAUCUGCGCAAGAAGGCCGUUCUGUUGCUAUAUAAAGUCUUCCUGAAGUUCCCCGAGGCUCUCAGACCAGCCUUCCCCAGACUCAAAGAGAAGCUUGAGGACCCUGACCCUGGCGUCCAGUCUGCUGCAGUUAACGUCAUCUGUGAGCUGGCACGGAAGAACCCCAAGAAUUACCUCUCACUGGCCCCUGUAUUCUUCAAGCUUAUGACGUCAUCAACCAACAACUGGAUGCUCAUCAAGAUCAUCAAGCUUUUUGGCGCCCUCACACCCCUAGAACCCAGGCUUGGCAAGAAGCUCAUCGAACCUCUCACCAACCUCAUCCACAGCACGUCAGCGAUGUCGCUGCUCUACGAGUGCAUCAACACCGUUAUUGCUGUGCUCAUUUCUAUCUCUUCAGGGAUGCCCAACCACAAUGCCUCUAUUCAGCUCUGCGUCCAGAAGCUGCGCAUCCUCAUCGAGGACUCCGACCAGAACUUAAAGUACCUGGGCCUGUUGGCCAUGGGCCGCAUUUUGGGCCCUCAUCCGAAGGCUGUACAGCCUCACAAAGACCUGGUGCUGGCCUGCCUCGACGACAAGGAUGAGAGCAUCAGGAUCAGAGCUCUAGACCUCCUCUACGGCAUGGUGAGCAAAAAGACAGUGAUGGAGAUCGUACGGCGCCUGAUGACGCACAUGGACAGAGCAGAAGGGACCUUUUAUCGCGACGAACUCCUACAGAAGAUCAUCCAGAUCUGCUCGCAGAACAACUAUCAGUACAUCACAAACUUUGAGUGGUACAUCAGCGUGCUGGUGGAGCUGUGUCGCAUGGAGAGCAGUCAGCACGGAGCCCUUAUAGCCGCCCAGCUGAUGGACGUGGCCAUCAGGGUGGGGGCGGUGAGAGAGUUCACUGUGGGUCAGAUGGCUCUGCUGCUGGAGAACGCCCACCUCCUGCUGGGGCCUGCCGCCGCUAACUCCUCCAUCGCUGAGGUGCUCUUUGCCGCCGCCUGGAUCUGCGGCGAAUUUGCUCACCUGCUACCGAACGCGCGCAACACGCUAGAGGCGAUCGUGCGGGGACGGCUGUGGAGCGUCGCUGGCCACAUCCAGGCCGUGAUCGUCCACAACCUCGUCAAGCUCUUCAUCCGCAUCGUCGUCACUGCCGAGGAGGAGGACGAUGCUGAUAUGAUCAAUGAGGUAACAGCGCUGCUGGAGGAGCGGCUAGCGACGUGGAGCAGUUCAGCAGACCUGGAGGUGCAGGAGCGCGCGGUGUUCGCCCUGCAGCUCGUCUGCCUCGUCAGGGACAAGCGCGCCGCGGGGCUCAAGCUUGGCCCUGAGCUCGCCCUCCUCACCGCCGGAGAGCUCAAUCCCGUCGCGCCCAAAGCUCAGAAAAAAGUUCCUGUACCAGAUGGUCUGGACCUGGAUGCGUGGAUGAACGCCCCGCCCUCUGAGAGUGAAGGCUCAGGCGACGAGGACCUUCUCAGUGGAGGCGACCUCUUCUUCAGGAGUGAGGAGCCUCCGUCGCCCUCCGUGGGCAGGAAGAAUAGAAAGGCUCAGCACAUUUCUGAGGAGGAUAUCAUGCAGCGGCGAGCGGCGCGGUUGCAGGAGCAAGCCAACAACCCCUACUACAUGAAGACAACUUCAAACCGCUCCUCGACGCGCUCCUCUCCCAAGACCAGCCUCGCUAACCUCAAUGUCGAUGAGAUCCCCAUGCAGGCCAUCGAGCUGGACGUGCCUCUCACCAUACCUGGCAUGACUUCCUUAUCCAAGUACGAGAUGGUGGACGGCGACGGCGACAAUAAGAAACUGCGACAUAAGAAGUCCAAGAAACGCUCAAAGAGAAAGAACUUGGCUCUCUCUUCUUCAGAGGAAGAGGAGGCUCCUGCGCCCCUGGUGAUCAACACGGACGCCGAGAUGCCGGAGGGCGCGAUUGUCUCCGACGAUGAUGACAGGGACAACAGGCCGCUUGACGACCCUCACAGAGCUCUUGACAUUGAUCUUGAUAGCCCACUUAGCCCGACGGAAGUCUUGCCGGUGCUGCACCACCGCGAAGCUCCUGCAGCGCCGAAGCUGAAGCGCUCAUCUAAACCUGCCUCUUCUACUGUAGAUGCUGCUAAAUCCAAGACCAAGAAAGAUAAAUCUAGAAAGUCCAAGAAGAAAGAAAAAAAUGGGGACUUGUUAGGAUCCGAACAGAAGGAAAUGGCCUUGGAUAUUGGAGCGUCAGUGACUGAUAGCAAACCAAAACCCUACGCCAACGGAGUAGAUGGAAAGAAGACACAUGAUGACAUCGAGUUUUGGCUGAGCACCAGUGACCCCGUGGAGCAGCCUCCUGAAGCCGAGCCCGAAAACGCUCCAGCCGCAGCCGACGCUACGCAGAAGUCAAAAGCCACAAAGAAGAGUUCCAAGGAGCCCAAGAAAGAGAAAAAGUCAAAGGAAACGAGUAAGAAAGUCUCAAAGAAAAGCAGCAGGAAAAGUGAAUUGAAUUUACCGCUAGUGGAUGGAGCCCCAAGUUCUGAUCUUAGAACCCCCGAGGGAGUUGACCGCCGUGACUACGAGGUCGCUAACGGCCACCACGCCUCCAACGCCACACCUGACCGGCACAAGCUGCUUGCUGAGGAUUCCGCUGUUGCUGUGAGUUGGAGAGCUCGUCCUGCAGCUGACGGUCUCAAACAAAUUAGGUUGAGUCUAUCCUUCAGCGUCAGCAGUCAAUUAUCGGACUCGAUGACUGACAUCAGACUCGUGAGACUACACUUGCCUGACACUAGCAGUCUGGCGCUGACGCGAGUCAAUGCUACGUCGUCUGAUAUAGACCUUGAGAGAGCGCUAUUGUCACCUGGCGCUCCUGUGAAGAAAGCCUUGACAGUCGAAGUGCAAGAUGCUACAGUACCGCACAAGCUAAGAGGAGCUCUCUACUACUCGUUGAACGGAGGCAGUGAGCGAGUGCUGCCCUUGAAGUUCGAAGUGUCAGUACUUUGCUGCCUGAGCGGAGCAGGAGCAUCAAGAGAGGCCUUCUCUGAAUUGGUGUCUUCCGGAGCCCUGACGGCAAGAUCAGCGUUCACUACAUCAUGUCCAGAUAUCUCUUUCGAACAACUGCUGCGAGUGCUGUGCGGGGACGGCAGCUUUGGUGUGGUGGAGCGCGUACAGAACACCGCCUCACUCUACGCUGCCUCGCUGUCAGGCCACCACGUGUGCCUUCUCACCAAACUUAAGGACAGCGGCGGCGUGUGUGUGGACGGCAAGGCGAGUGACGGCACGCUGCUGGCCAACGCCCUGGACGUGCUGAGAGCGGCCCUCACCGCCGCGCCAUAGCCGCGCGCCCGGCCGCUCCCGGCGCACCUCGCAUCGCCUCUAUUAUCCGCCUACCAAUGCGCGAGACUGCGUAGGUGUGACGGAUCUCGCUGUGUUGGGACCACCAGCUCUACGCGUCUCGCUAAAAUAAAACAUUGUAAAUACUUAAGAACUUGAAGCGAAAUGGUAAUCUGAAGCUUUCCUUAAGAUAUUUCUCGAGAUAUAACCUCAUGAGGUUCUGGGGUAGAUUUAAUCCCAAUGUGUUCCGUAUUUAUGCCACUCGCGCUAUGCAGGCAAGGUACGCAUGGUAAAUGUAGAAAUUUUGGUAUAAAUUAAUAGAUUAUUUCCAUGCGAAAACUACAAUACAAUAUCUCGCUUGUCUCGUUGCUCGUAUGUGAUGGAUGGCGCCUAACACCUCGGGCACGCCACCGUAUACUCUGUAUUUAUAUCGCUCUUGUUACAUUCUAGGCACAUUAAUAUUUGUCUGAAGAGUGUAUUUUUAAACAGAAAUAUAGUCUUGAAUUUCUUUACAUAUGAUAUAUUUAGCAUGUUAAAUAGCCGGUAACUAAAUGCUUUGAGGGUGCUCUCAUUUAGCCUCUGAGUUGCAAUGCUUUAUCGUGCACUUGAAAUUCCUUAGUUUCCAUUCCUUAUCUCUUUAUGUGUGUUCAGUCUUGAAUAAAUUCUAUUUAUUAUGUUUUUUACUUAAUACUAAGAGUUUGACUUAUUUUGUAUUGUAUAAGCGCCGAGUUUAAUCACUCUGACACAUUCUAAUUUGUACGCUACGUUUCCUUCUAAUUUCGUCGCAUGUCUGGAUUUUUCAAGGUGUGGUUGUUGCCUGUACUUAACAACCCUCACGUUAUCUUUGUUAAGAAUAUAAAAAAUUAUCCCUGAAUUUAAGGCUGUAAACGAUAUAUAAUUACUAAAUAUAUAACGACCUCUUCCCUCCCUUUCAAUUAUGCAGCUGUAAUGAUUUUGUUCAUUGGUUAAGAUGUGCUUUUUACCUCUUUCAAAAUUUCGAGCAUUGUAUGCUAGGGAAUUCCGAACGUUUAAUUAUGACUAAUGAAACUUCUUGAAGUCACUUACAUAUCGGCUUGUCAUCAUAUUAUGAAUAGAAACUACUUUACUCGAUUGUGAGCCUUACUAGCACUUCAUAAGCUGAACAAAAUUUUUGACUGCUAUAACAGACCGCAGCUCCAGCAUACUGGUGUCGGCUUAUAUACGUUGUUAUAAUUUAGAUAACGGGUAUGGGUCUAUGUAAUCACCUGAGUACUUUAUGAGGUGCAUUCUCCUCUAUGUGAAUACUGCUUUGCAGACAUAGAGUGCCACGUUGCUCUUGCUUGCGAGUUGCUGCAGUGCCUUUGUCUGGCAUUCAUGGUGCCACCGUCGAACUCACUUUGAGUAUCAUGUUCCGCCUAUUAUUUACAGAAUUUUUCUUGCUAUAAUUUACAAAAUACUUACGUGUAUGCGCGAAAAAAUUGCAUUGUGCCAGCACCAUGUAGGUUUGACUACGAAUGUUUAUAGAAUUUAUUUUUGAAGUGGAAUAAUUUGUGAUAAUUUGAUGUAUGUUGAGGAUUUUACACUACUGAAGCAUUUGUUGUCGGCGCAUCUGGUCUUUAUAAUUUAUCGUUUUUCUAUUGUUUUUAUUUCUCUUGAAAUUAAAUUUGUAUGUUACAUCUAUUGUCUUAUGCUGCAGUUCUGCGUUUUCAGGGCAUCUCUCAUAACGCGGAAUGUAAUUGCGUUCUUCUCGGUCGCUGAUUCUUUAUCAUUAUUUAGUGAUUCUUCUACGGUUUCUUUUACCCUUGCCUUUCAUCCCGGACUCGUGUCUUUUUAACCACUUAGAUUUGUCUCAUUAUUUACGGCACUCGAUAUAAUUCCAUGUAAUAAUGCCUAGUAUUUUUAUACAAAACCUUAUAUGAGCGAGAACUUAUCUCUCACUCAUGGCAUCAGCAUGCCCAAAAUAAUAUAUCAUUUUUUGUCUUUGAUUCAGACACGUUUGCAGAUUAUGGUUACCUGAAAAUGUGAAAAUUUAAGCUGUUUUGGUGUAACGAGAAAUAUUUCCUUCAUGUUCAGCUUGAAGCCUCGCAUCCAGAGUUGUUAUAUUUUCUAGAAAUCUUAACUUAUUUCUUUGACCUUGUUUCUGCAUUGCAUAUUAUUAGGUUGAUUUAAAUUAUCUCUUAUUUAUCGUCUGAUAAGAUACUUUUGCGUAUCUUCUAGCUGGCAGGGCAUGAGACGAGCUAUUAAAAUAACUUGUGUUCUGUGCAGGAGUUUUUCCAAUGGGUAUCAGAUUUCAUUUGAUUUAUUUUACUUAUGAAAGAAACAUAUAUAAUUGUAUUGGAAUUUCCCUCCCUUUCUACCUCAGUAGUUCUCAUGUUCCUUGAGCGUGAUUGUGUCAACGUUUGGGAUGUGAAUAAAAGCGUAAAACUUGUCAGGCAUUGGCUGAGUGAGGUUACUGUUCAGUCACACCGCCCAACCUUCCAGCACAAUUUUUUUUUUUUUGUUACAGGAUGAAACUGAAUUUUUGGAAUUUAUUUCGAAUUAUAAUAGUUUGAACUGGUUUCCUUGUAAUUUUUCGUAUUAGUUUAGCAUUACUUAAGUGAAAUUAAUUUUUAUUUUCGCCUGGAAUUGUACUGAUGAGAAAAUUCUUCCAACUCUGAAUAUCAUUGGCGUGUGUAUUUUGAAAAUUCUUUCAACAUACCACUGCUUUCUCCCAAAAGCCCCGUGUUCACUCGAUAUGUCGCCUCCAAAUAAAGCUUUAUUUUAUUAUUUCUUAUGCGUGUGCUUAUCAAAUAUUUGCCUGUUCUAUAUGGUUUGAAGUAAGGCUGAUAUUUUAGCCAAUAGUCCAUUUUAGUUAACUAAAUUGUUCAAAUGUUAUCUUUGUAGUGUUCUGACUAUAAAUUACGAACUGUAAUCCAUUGCUAACUCAUUCAAACCGUCACUUAGGUUUCCCCGAUAUGAGAAUUAUUAAUUAUCAGUGGUAAGAUACGUAUAUAUUCUAUUUCUUGAUAUCCCUUUCAAGAAAUCGGCCACCAAUAUUCAGUAUUCUUUAUGUAGAUUGUUUACAUAAAAAUAUAAUUCAGCGCUGCUUGAGGUCUACUAAUCGGGGCUUAUACGUUUUGCUUAGUUUCCAUGUUCUUCAGUAUUUACCUACUGUCGCGUGUGUGGGUUAAAUGCUUAGAAGAGGCCUCUAGAGAUCUGAUAAGAAGUAUUUUCCGUUUUGUUCAUAGACAAUGUUCUACCUGUAAACUCUAUUCGUGUCUGGUAUUUUAGUACAUUUUGUUUCUGUAGUGCCACUUUUCUGAGCCUAGGUUUGGUUUUUUUGUUUAAGAAUUUUUCGUGAGAAUUUUGUUUCAACAUUUUCUUCGUGAGCUUAUAAAUUUUACUUCUCUCUUCCUCAGUCUUCGCGCAUACUUAAUAGUGCUGAUCUGGCUCGCCACUACAUGGCUUUUGCGUUUCCAGUUGAUCAACUACAGCGCAUGUUUUAUCUAACUUAAUUCUUAUUUGUGAGGUGAAGCUGUUGUGAUAGUGAGUUUCCUUGCAUUCUCCUUCUGUUCUUCCCAUAUGACAAUUGAUGGAAGCAACCUUCUUUAUGAAUGUCGUCGUUUUUGUUGCUACUCACCUACUUAAAUUCCUUUUUAAAACAUCCAACUCAACUUUUAAACAACUUCAUUCACUCGCUUACCGUUAGAGAUCCUCCGUUUUUAAACGAGAACUUCUCUUCAUUUACUAUCGACCGUGUCUGUCAAUAUCGCUGUGCGACCCUGAGUACAUUUGUUUGGGUAACAUGGCCUGCCACUGCAGCAUUUACCUUUGUUUUUCGCCGAGACCACAGCCCGUACAGGCAAGUUUGACUUUCGCAGAGCUUUGAAUUUGAGUUUCUUGUAUUCAUUUAUUUUAAUGCUGCGCUCAGUCCAGAAUUUAAAUGUACUGUAGCCAGGUUUAUGUUUUGUGUCUCUGUUGGCACUUAAACUGUGAAUACCA